AUUUGGCUCACUUCUGUCGUCCAUUGAUUUGCAUAACGGCUCGUCGACUCUCCGGUGAAGUUCACUGUGAGUUAUCGUCAUUUUGCGUAUAUUUAUUUAACAACACGUCAAACCAAAUUGAGAUGUAUUCAGAACGACAGAUGGAAGAAAGUCUUGCCGUAUCGGUGAAAAGUUAGUCCUUUCCCAGCCUUUUAUUGAAGAUGGCUUUGAGCAAAACAAUUUUGAAAUCAUGCCUUGAUGAAGCAGUCUCAUCAUCAAAUCUUGGCUCCAAAACGUGGUGUGGACAGACCUACAACGAUGUAUUUUCGGGGGAAAUUCUCAUAAAUACAUUACUUAAUGAUUCUUCAAAUUUCACCUCCCGCGAGUCUGCAAUAGAAAGCGCGCAGAGCAUGCUGGAUAAGAAGUUAAUCACGUGUAUCUCAAAAAGGCGACAGUUUGACGACGGUGACCGACUGUAUUGUAUUAAUCAGAAAGAAUUGGAGAAAUUCGACGGCGAUGGGCUUCCGAGUACCGUACGAGAAAGUCCGAAAGCAACGCAAGUAAAGAAAGAGUCCUCAGCGAAACUUGUCAACAAAGAGAAGAUUAAUGAAAGCGGAACUCGUCAACAGAGCAACCAAGUUACAACAGCCUCGAAAACGAGCGAAAUUAAUGGCGUUGCGUCGAUGAAUCUUCAAAAAUUGUUGGAGAAAGACGCUGGACAGAAAUCCAAUCGCGGUUGGUCGCAAACCAAUAACAAUGCAACGGUUUCUUCAGGAAGAGGUUACUACGCAGGUGUGUUGAAGGAUAAAACGACGGAAUCCGCUAACGAGAGGCGAUUGACAGCAAAUAAAGUUCAGGUGGUCUUAAGUCAACAGAAACCCCCACAGCAGACUCAAGAAGUAAUUCUCGUUGAAAACUCUUCGCCUCCUGUGAAAGAAGACCGGAAAGUAAAAGUUUCGCCCAGUCUUAAAACGCCCGACAUUCCGAAGACGUCGAACAUCGAAGGCAGUAAGUUGGAACAGAAGCAGAAAGUUAAAAAGACUCUCUCGCCAUCUUUGUUUGCUUUAUCGAGAAAGACGCGAAGGAAAGUCAAAGUUUUAAAGAACAACACGAAAGACGACACGAAAGUUGAGGUUAAUGGCCACAGUUCUCCUGCGACCGGAGAAAGCGUCUCGAAGAGCAACGAACUGUCAAAAAGUUGGGAAGCUUUUGAACUAAAAUUGCAGAACAAUUUAAAGAAGAAUACUGACAGCCGUGGGAAACACGAUACGCGCGACAGUCAAGGUACGCGUGGGAAUCACGACCCGCGUGGGCCUCUUGAAAAUCGUGCAAGUCAACCGGAGAAUGUGAAAAUAUUAAUCGAAGAUUCGAUCGACGGAAAAGGGAAAGAAAAAAUUGAACGGCAAUUUUCAGCCGAGGGUCGAAACAUUAAAGACAAGGAUUCGAGAUGGGAAGCAGCAGAUUUGUCGCCUGAAAAGACUGACGCAGAAAGAAUGCCUUCAGUGACUCUCAGCAGAAGUUCAUCUGGAAAUAAACAAAAUGAGGAGGUGAAAUUAUCCGUGAAUGGUGAUGAAUUGACUGUUCCCUCGGUGCGCGCGAGACAAAACUCGUUUCUCGGCGCAGAGGAGAACAGUGAUGGCGCAAGGAGUAAUGGCAGCCGUGUCAGGGGACCUUCGUUUAGCUCAAGCGAUGAUCAUAAAACUGUGAUUAUCGAAGAUGGAAUAAAAGAAGCGAAUGCUUUAAAAGCUAGUUCAAAAAGCAUGGGUAGCCGUGAGAGAGGCCCUUCGUUUAGCCUUAGUGACGAUUCUAAAACAGUGAUUAUCGAGGAUGACACUGUCCCUAAUAAUUUGCAUUCACACGCGGGCCCAGUGUCGAAGACGAACUCGCGUGUUUCCAACACCAGCGAGGGCAGAGAAAGAAAGAACUCGGGUCACGAGACGAGUUCGGAGAAUUCCGAGGCGAAGACGAGAACAUCCUCGCUCGGAAAACCAGAGAUGGAACAAAGAUUAGCAGGCACCGCGAGGACAAACGAUGAAGAGGCUGCGAAGAAGAACGGUCGAGGUAUGCCAAAAACGCUGGCAGAUCUUUUAGCAAGAGAUGGCAAGUCAAGUCCAGAUCCUCAAGAACAAGUUGCGACAGAGAAGGUUCCUAUCGACAACGCAAAUUUGUACAAGGAUAAGCUGAAGGGACUGAAGAAGGUCACCCCGUAUUAUGCCAGCGGACCAAUCAAACUGACCAGAGACCGGAGUAGCUCCGCCAAUCAGGAGAAGGCUACUCACACCGGUUCAGCCAAUCGCGAGACGGCCAAUCGCACUAACUCUGGCAACCAUGAGAAGGCCAGUCCUACUAACUCUGCCAAUAAGGACACUAUCCACACGAGCUCAGCCAAUAAGGAGAAGGCUAUUACCACAAGUCCACCCAAUCAGGAGGAGAGGAUUAGUACCACGACCAUAGCCAAUCACGUUACAGCCAGUUCUGGACUACAAAAUGGACAAGAUAAGCCAAAGCAUGUUGAUAUUAACAACAAUCAUUCACAAGGCACUUCGCAAAAGUUAGCAUCAAACACGAUAGUGUUCAAAUCCAAUAGCCUCGAAUCAAAUUCUUCUCAGAAAAGCAAAUUCACUUCAGAAGACAAAAAACAAGAACUUCCAGAAAAGGUUAUUCCAUCAGUUGGUUUACCUGUUGGGCAUAAAUCAUUUACAACUCAAAACAAAACACAGCAGGAGAAAUCCUCGCCAAAUUACGGCGUUCCACGUUUGAACUACAACACUCAAACUCAAGAGAAAUCAAACAGCUCGUCUCCAAUCUCUCCCGCUCGUCCCACUUCCCUCAGCGUUGCCUCCAGUCCCUUGGUAGCCGAAGGCUCGCCCUUGGAUAUGCAAGACGAUCUUGCGAGACGUUGCGUUGAACUCGAAGCACAAAAACGAAGCUACGAGAAUAAAAUUACUGAGCUUCAGUUGCAAGUGGAUUAUCUCCGCAGACAGAAAACAGGUCAACUUGAAGACAACGACAGCUCAGCCUCGAUCUCCGACGUGACGUCACUGUGGUCCCCAAUGGGCUCCCCUGGAAAUUCUAUUGUGACCUCACCCUCCAUAACACCUCAGGCCACACCGCGUGGUUCAAUUGCUGCCGAAAAUCAUGUCCUCUCCCCCAUGUCCCCACCUCCCCCUCCCCCUCCUGCCCCACCAUCGAUUCCUGCGCCACCAUUGGUUCCUGAAAAUCACGUGAAGCCCACGAAACCUGUCGUGAACCCGAAGACUGAAAUGAAACCUUUGUUUUGGAACAGGAUAAUUGCUUCCAACGACUCUCCGACAAAGGAGAAGUGUGUUUGGAAGAACAUCAAAGAACCAACCUUUGAUACGAACGAAUUUGAAAAGUUGUUUAGCAAGAAGAUCGCAGACAGGAGAUUGAAGAGGACGAAGUCUCUCAGAGAUGAUAAACACUUCGCGCGUAUCAAUGGGAAGAAAGUUGUGAAGUUGCUUGAAACGAACAGAUCUCGAGCUAUCGGCAUCAAAAUGAGUAGCUUAAGUUGUCAGCUUGAGGAUAUUAGCAAUGCUGUUUAUAACAUGGACACCUCUGUCGUUGAUAUGGAGAGUCUUCAGUCCAUUUACGACAUUUAUCCCAAGGUAGAAGAGAUACAACUCAUUCAAGAUCACUUAAAGAAACUACCAGCAGUUCCUUUGGACAAACCCGAGGAAUUCAUGCACCAGUUGACAAAAAUGCGCCACUUUAAGGAGCGCCUGGAAUGCUGGUUAUUCCAGGAUAAAUUCUCGGAAAUUAUAUAUGGAAUAGAACGAAGUCUCACGUGUGUUUCUGAGUGUUCCAACGUGGUCGUAACGAAUUCUGAAAUUGCGACACUUCUCGGCCUCGUUUUGGCGUAUGGAAAUUACAUGAACGGCAAUACCCAGCGAGGGCAGGCCGAUGGAUUUCAUCUGGAUGUUUUGCUGAAGUUGCGGGACGUCAAGGCGAAGGAUUCUGAUAUGAACUUGCUGCAGUACACUGUGAAGCAAUACUUGAAACAAUACGAACGAUGCCUGGACAAGAACCAAAACGAAUCCAGACUCCCGAGUCCCGUGUCUUUGUCGAACGCAUCACAGGUUUCAUUUGACAAGCUGAAGGAUGAGAUCAUCAAAAUGUCACAUUUGUUGGAAGAGACCGAAGCUCAAGUGAAGAAAAUCCUGGACGAGUGUUCCCCUGCACAGCGGAAUCCUUUUGAGGACAAAAUGCGCAAAUUCCAAGCCACUGCCAAACAAAAAAUUUCUGAAGAAAAGGAGAAAUUGGCGAAGGCUGAAGUUGCUUUUGUUCAAGCUGUGGAGUAUUUCCAAUGGGAAUCCAGCGAGAAAAAGGAAACUCCACAAGAAUUUUUUGGCUUAUGGUCGAAAUUUAUCGACGAAGUUAAAACCUGUGUUAAGUUGGAAAAACAACAACAGCAGAUCGCAAAGAAGAAUUUUAGCAAAGUCGAACAUCUCAAUCAGAUCAGGGAAGCUGCUACGAAAUUCAGGAAACGGCGACAAAGUGUGGAUAUUGUUAUAUGAUCACUGAACGCUUUCCUCAAAUCUCAAUUCAAAUCAAUCCUCGCAUCGCCAUGGUAACAUCAUCGUCAAAUAUGGAAUAAUUUAUACGUCAUCCCCAGGUCACGUGAGUAGGAACUAACGCGAGAAAAGUCUAUUCAUAAUUUCAUACAAAAAGAGUUCACUUGGUUGGUAAUCAUCUUUUAGUUCACUUUCAACUAGAAAGGUUUUGAUCAAUUAUGUGCGAUGUCCCAUUGCCCCAAGUCUUGUUAUCACGUGCUGUUGUAUCUCUCCAGAACCUCGUCACAAAUAGUUUGUUUUAAAACGGUUUUUAAACACUCGCGACAACGUCUUUCGUCUAAAAUUGGAAUUUUUUUAAUCACAUCACCUGCUUGCGUCAAUUUACCGAAAGCAUGGCGACUUUUUACGAGGGUUUUUUCAGUUUGCGAACGUUUUCCCCGAUCUUCUGUAUACGUACGUAUUUUUGUAGCUUUUAACCUCGUAGCGCAUGCAUUCCUCGCUGUAACAACAUUGGGCAGAUUAGUGGCAAGGGGAAAAUAGGGAAUGAAAUAGGAUAUUUGUGCAUACAUAGGGCUAUCUAUGUAUGUAUACACAUAGAUACAUGAACUGAUAUAAUAUUUAAAUAGUCUAAGUUAAAUUAUUCUAGCUUAUUUUUCAGAGUCAAACAGGCACGUUUUUAUUUAAAGCUUUUUUCGUAUCGUGAGCAGAGCUUACGGUCUUUCAAAGCACUGAAUUUGAUUUCUAAAAAGAGGCAAUAUUCUAAAUGGUUUUUUGUAUGAGCUUAACACUUAAAUGCUGAAAAGAAAGAUGUAAGACAUUAAUUUGCCUUAAGUAGGCUACAGCCGUGUUGUAAAAAAGCUUUGAAAAGUGCUGUUAUUUAAUGCAUGGCUCUUACAGUAUAUAUUAAAUUAUUAAAUUGCAGCUUACGUUGAAUCAAAUAAAAUGAUUAAAUCGUGGCUCGACCACAAUUUACAUUUAAAAAUAGGUUACCCGUUGUAUAUUAAUAAACGUAGAUUUAUUUAACAUCAUUCUGAGACUGAUUAUUAACGUAGAGCCUUUCAUUUGCCGUCUGUGUCCGAAACAAGCUGAAUUGAGUAUAUCCAAGCGAUUAACGUUGACAGGUUUCUACCGUUUGGUGGUCACAGAGGAACGCCUUAUCCGUCAAGGUGUGUAGGGUUAUACGAGUACGUGUCAUUCCGUGCCAAUUUACAGGCUUUCCUUGACGAAACGCAUCAGUCAGCGCGAAUGUUUAUAGGAUGUCCAUUAUGUGACGUGUAUGGGUAGCUUUGGCCGCGCCCCGCCAUUUUCACGCCGUUUUAUUGAAUCUCGCAUCGUCUGCGAUAGAAAUUCAAUCAUGAAUAAAACAAGACUAGCGUCAAAUUAAUACAAAAGUUGCAGAAAAUUGACACAGGUGUAUUGAAAAUGCAAAAUACGUCCCUCAGAUAAUACCGUCUGAGAAAGUGAUGGCUCGAAAAUAACCACAAUUCGUCAUCAUGACUAAAAAAAUAAAUCCUGCAACAUUUCACGUGUCAGGAUGUUGUCCACAAAAGACGAUAAUGACUCAAACUAAAUGUUAAUCUGAAUAUCUUUGUUUGUUUUGCGGUUGUUUUGGCAAGGUAACUUAUCAAAGCCACUUUAUAUCCUUCCUGUUAGCUGAACAAAAAGGCAAUAUCAACCUCAAGUUGUAGAUUAGAUUGUUCUGUUCGUGGAAUUGCGUGCGAUAUCCGCGUCUGCCCGUGUGUCAACUCAGGUUAUAGAAUUGCGUAAAAGGACUUCGAAAUUCCGCCUAUAUACGAUUAAGGAUUAAUCAUAUUUGUAUAAACUAAUUAUUUCCGUGUUCCGAAAGAUAAUCUAUCAUGUGUGAGUGUGAUUGAAUUUUUUGUGAUAAGUAAAUAUUUAUGUGGACAAAAUGAUCAAAAAGCGUUUAAUUUUUUGCGACUCGUUUUACUUUUCUUUAUAAUAAGGAAAAAAUUCCUGAAAACUUAAUGAGGUUUCCAUAUAGGUAAAACG